ACACCUUGCCGCUGAAGACUGCUCGUGUAGGCGGAGUGUGAAUCAAUGAUAUAAAUCCAGGUCGCCAAGUAGGCUACGUGCAAUGCCAUUUGUUUGCAAGGAACGCGCUGAAGUCCAGGGAUUACUGAUAUGUUGCAGGGUCCAAUCAAUUAGCUGCUGAAAAAUGAGUGAUCCUGUCAGAAAAGGAAGGAAAAAGAAAAAAAACACAUUUGGUGCAACAUCUCCACCUUUUAUAGACUACUUGAAAGAUAUCCUUAGGAGAUAUCCAGAUGGAGGACAAAUAUUAAAGGAGCUGAUACAGAAUGCAGAUGAUGCUGGCGCUUCAGAGGUGGUGUUCAUUCAUGAUGAGAGGGCCUAUGAGAAAGACAGCCUGUGGAGUGAAGACCUUGGAAAGUACCAAGGUCCUGCCCUCUAUGCUUUCAACAACGCUGUCUUCACUGAAGAGGACUGGCAAGGCAUUCAGGCCACAGGAAGAAGUGUCAAGCGCGAUGAUCCAAACACAGUGGGGAGGUUUGGGAUUGGAUUCAAUUCUGUCUAUCAUAUCACAGAUGUGCCAUGCAUAUUCAGUUCCAAAUACCUGGGGCUGCUGGACCCACAGGAGAAGCUAUUUGGAGAAGGAGAGGGAGGUUUCAGAUGGUCUCUGGAGGAUGAUGAAGAGAGAAAAGUGCUUUUGACCUUGAGAGAUCAAUGUCAACCACUACGAGACAUUGUUAAACAAGUCAGUAACAGUACCUGGGAGAAAACCAUAGAAGAGGAUCAGUAUUUUAAUGGGACUCUUUUUAGGUUUCCUUUGCGCUGUGAAUCCUCAGAGAUUUCUGACAACUUAUAUGACUCUGACAAAGUUGUUCAGCUUUUUGACAGUUUCAUUGCAGAUGCAGACAUUAGCCUUCUUUUCUUGAGACAUGUGUCUAAUGUCUCCCUGAUGCACAUUGAUACCUGUGGCUCUGUAGCAGUGAGACUUAAAGUGUCCCUGUCAAGCUCCCCAGCAUGUUCAGAUUCAGGUGACACAGACACAGACCCUUCAGAGGGGUCAACCGUGUUUAAAAACAUUUCUUCUGCUUCACUGAGUGAUGGAGAGAGAAAUACCCAGUGGCUUGUAACGUCAUACUGCUUGGAGGAGGGGAAAGUGACAAAGAUUGACUCACUUGCUGAGAAGCUGUGCUACCAGCCUAAAGUUGAGUUGGCUUUCCUUUGUGAUCCAGAGAACUUCAUUUCUAAUGGACGACUGAGUUGUUUCCUUCCACUUCCAAAUAAUGAGUCAAACAGGACCGGGCUCCCAGUUCAAAUUAAUGCAUCUUUUGGCUUGACUGACAACCGGCGGCAUAUCAAAUGGCAAGAUGAGGACCAGAAGAACGACGAAGCGGCACAAUGGAACGAGCUUCUGAUGACUGACGUUCUUCCUCACACAUACUUGAAGAUGAUUCUUGAUUCCAUUCAGUGUUGCAGGACCUCCAUCCUUCCUGCAACAUCAGUGUACCGCUUGUGGCCAGACAUUGUCCAAAUGGAACAUAAAGAGAAAUGGCACGGAAUAGCAAGGAAUGUUCUGGAACGUCUACUGGACGAAAAAGCCGUGUUCUCUCUUGCUAAAGAUGAAAAAAUCUGGGUGACCCCAUUAGAUGCUGUAUUUCCAGCUAAUGAUAUUGAGGAGCCAGUCUUAACAUCUGCUGUGGCCAGAGUUUUGAUGGCAGAGAAUGAGAAUCUUAUAAACAUUCCAGAGCAUGUAGUGAAUGAUGUGAAAUGUGUCUUUCCUGAGUCAGACACUCUACAGUGGAUCACACCACGUUUUGUCAGGGAUGUUCUCCACAGAGGUGGAUUAGAGGAGGUCUCACACAAUGACAAGCUUUCCCUUCUUGAGUAUGUGCUCAGUGAUGGGAAUUACCAGGAGCUUGAGGGUCUGCAGCUCCUACCACUUUACAAUGGGAUCUUCAAAAAGUUCACGGACAGUGAUGAAUGCACUGCUUUGAUUGACAACGAAGAAUUUCCAAGAGAAUUGCUGCCAUUUUGCAAAGAAGCGUUUAUAUCUCAGGAAUUGAGCCCCAAGAGCCUUUGUCACCUGAAGAUUCUGGCCACAAAAGAAACAUUCAAAAUCAUCAACCUGGAUGCACAAAAUGUAGCUGAUUUAACCAAGAACCAUUUUCCACAUGAAUGGAGGAAUGGACAUGACCAUGUGAUAUGGGACCUAGGUAAUCCAGAGCAUCCUCCAAGGGGUUGGUUGAUAGAGUUCUGGAAAUAUCUGAGUUCACACUGGGAAGAAUUAGGCCACUUUAUUAACAUGCCGUUGAUACCUGUGAAAUCACCUGAAAGUGAUUCCAAAUCUGUGUUGUUGGCAAGGCUACGGGAAAAGCCCAUCUUGGUGUUUCAGCAAAGCAAACAUAGCAGCCUGUCUGAACAAAUUCAGAAUGUGGUAAAGAAGGUUGGGGGAACUGUCAUAAAAAGAGAUGAGUGUCUCAAACACCAUGACAUAGAAACCUUUGUACUUCCACCAUCACCAAAAAGCCUGCUGAAGAUGUUCUUAAACCUGAGCAGGGAUCAGGUCAUCAGGGGAAUCCACUCAGCAUCUUGCACUGAAAAAGAGGAAAUCAAGUUCUUCCUCUCCUCCUUGGAUUCUCUUUCCAAUGAAGAGCGAAGCAUAGUCUCUAGGAUGCCUUUAUUCCAGUUGAUGACUGGCGACUAUGUAUGUGCUGAAUCAAAACGUGCAGUGGUUUUGAACUCCUCACCAAGCAUUCCCUCUGACCUACCCAUUCCUAAUUAUGUGGUCCAGUGUGCUACUGAAGCAGAUCGCAGACUUUUGUCCAUGAUGAAGAUCGAACUUUUGGACACAGCACAGUUGGCCCUUCAUCUGGUGGAUUGCAUUGAAACAGGAUCUUUCAAACGAGAGAAUGAAAAGAAAACAAUGAUCUGGAUAUUACAACACGGCUUCACUCUCUUCACUCAAAAUGUGAUGUUACACAAGAAAUGUAAGGCUCUGACCUUCAUUGAAUCAGAAGGAGAGUGCCAAAAAACCAAAGCUUCGAAUGUGUUCGAUCCCAGCAAUGACACCUUCAAGAACCUCUUUGAGCCAAAUUUCUUUCCUUCUGCUGACUACGUAAUGACUCCACAAAUGCUCCAGAGCUUAAAGCAACUUGGUCUGCAGUCAAAAGAGAAGGACAUAUCACCUAACAAUGUACUGGAUGUUGUCAGAAAUCUUGAAGAACUUCACACACAUUCUCUGCAAAAAGCCUGUAAGAAAGCAGACGUCCUUCUCAAAGUGCUGAAUGAUAAUGAUAUAAUUUCUAAAUUCUCUCUUAGCCAGCUGGAGCAACUGCAGAAGAUACGAUGGUUUCCUUGUCAGAAUCCACACACUGUAACCAAAUACCUCAACGAAAGACCUGAAAAAAAAGGUUUCUAUAAGCCGUGUGAGAUCAGACAUUCAAAAUACCGCACUGUUGUUGGGCAUGUUAUGCCACUUGUUGCUGAGCUAAAUGAGAAAGUUUGCAAACAGCUUGGACUACUGAACCCACCACCAGCUGAGAAAGUCAUGGAGAAUCUAUCUGUACUAAACUCAAUGGCCCAAACCACACCUGACCUGGACAAAGAUAUCCGAUUUAAAACAAAGUUGCAUGACACGUACAGAUUUAUGCAGAACCAUAUUGGGCUUUUUAGGGAAGUAAUGAAGAAGAAUUCUGUGCCUUGGCUCUGGAUUGACAACCACUUUGUUUCACCUUGUGAUGUGGUUUUAGCCUAUCCCCCUGAAUUGGAUCUGAGUUCUUACAUUAAGAAGGUUCCAGAAGAAUACUCACCAUUCGAAGUUUUACUGACAGAGUUUGGAGUGAAAUUAAACCUUUCAGACGAUGAGAUUGAGGAAAUACUUCAUGAUGUCAAAGAAAGAAUUGACAAAAGAAGUCCACCCUUUGGAGUGCCCUCUGAGUUGAGAGUGUCCUUAAAUAUUCUGAACUGGAUGCGCAAGGAGCAGAAACCUGCUAAGGAUGAUACUCCAGUUCCAGUCAUGGCAGAGAACCAACAUUUUGCUUUGCAGCCUGCCUCUAAGUCUGUGGUCUGUGAUAUUAGCAAAGAGGGUUUAGCAGACUUGAAGGAAGACCAUGAAGAUUUUCAUGUCAUACAUGAAGAGGUACCUCCUGUGACAACAGAGUGGCUGAGAAUUCCACUGCUCAGCACUCGCAUUCUAAACCCAGAGUUCAUUGGAAUAGAGCAGUGUGGGCAGACAGAACCCAUAACUCUGAGAAUUAAAAACAUUCUGAAGGAGUACGACGAGGAUAGUGACAUUUUUAAAGAGCUCCUACAAAAUGCUGAAGAUGCUGGUGCAAGAACUUGCAGAUUCAUGGUGGAUUUCAGGAAACACAGAGAUCCUCCUGAAAGUCUCAUUGACAGUGGUAUGUCCCUGUGUAGCGGCCCUUGCCUUUGGACAUUCAAUGAUGAACUCUUUUCAGAUGAAGACUGGAAGAACAUCACCAGAGUGGGAUCUGCUUCAAAAGAAAAGAAAGUGGAGAAAAUUGGAAAAUUCGGAAUAGGAUUUAAUGCAGUAUACCAUGUGACUGAUGUUCCCUCUGUGUUGAGUGGGAAGAGCCUCCUAAUUUUCGAUCCAAAUGUGACACAUCUAAAAAAGUUCAUUCAAAACAAGGGAAAUCCGGGAAUCAAACUUAAUUUAUUUCAAGAGCGAAUUUUUCGAAGGUUUCCAGGACAAUUCAGGUCAUAUGAAGGCAUUUUUGAUUGCGAUCUCUCUGAGAUAAACACUGGAAAAUUCUACAAGGGGACAUUGAUAAAGUUGCCCUUUCGCAGUCCAGAGGAAUCAACAAUGUCAGAAAUCAGCACAAAGGUGUAUGACACAGAUCGUAUUACGGCUUUUCAACAACACCUGACUCAUAAAGCUCAAACUCAUCUGCUUUUUCUAAAAAAUAUAGAGGAUCUCUCACUUCAGACUUUGCCAGAGAAUGCCUCCACACCUCCAACGAAAGAACAAAUGAAGACUCUUGUUCAAAUCACAAGAAAAGUUGUGGACACAGUUGAAAUAUCUGAUGGAAUUCGUAAAGACACACAAAACAACUCUCUUACAUCUUUGAUGCAACAUUAUACCAAGUGUGCUGAUGUAAUGGAUAGUUCUACAGCAAGCAUUACUGAAAUAAUUCAGAACAAUGUUGAUGGAUGUGAUGUUCAGUACUGGCUUCUUUACUCUUGUUUCGGCACCGACAGUUCACUGAGAAUGGUCCAAGAGAACUAUGAGCUGAACGGCUCUCUGCCAAUUGGGGGAAUAGCUGUGCCUUUGCAAUAUGAAUCUCAGACAGGAAAAUGGGCUGCCAAGAAAAGCAGCUUAACUGGACAAGCAUUUAGUUUCCUGCCUCUGUCAAUUCAAACUGGCCUCCCUGUGAACAUCAAUGGUUCAUUUGCUGUGAUGUCAAAUCGAAAAUGUCUAUGGGAGACUGGGAUGAAGGCGGAAUGGAACAGAGCCCUACUGAAGGAUGCUGUAACAAAUGCCUACAUUACCACCCUACUCGUCUUGAAGAAAUUGUCAGAAAAUGGAAGCCUUUCAGAUUAUCCCUAUUACACAUUCUGGCCAGAUAAAGAUAAAGUAGGCAAAGCAUUUCAACCACUGGUUGAUGCCUUCUACUCAGAAAUUGUGCAUGGAUUUUGUAACGAAGAUCUUAAGCUUUUCAGUGAUGGGAAGAAGUGGUGCUCACUUAAGUAUGUGAGGUUUCUGGACCCAAACAUAACAGAGCACAAGGAUGUUGGAGAACUUGCAGAGAAGAUUUUUCUGAGCCAGCAAAACCCAGGAUUCUUUGCUGUUCCACUUCCUUCGUGGGUGAGGAAAAACAUGAUGAAGAGGGGCUUCAAAGACAUUGUUAAGGCGAGAACACUCAAUUGGACGAAAUUUUUCCGGGAAGUGGUGUUUAGAAAUUUAGAUUCUCUGGAAUCCCAAGACAGAAAUGCAAUGAUUCUCAGUGCAAUUGACCUCAAUGAUGAUGAAGUUGAUGUACUACUGAAAGGGCAUCGCUGCAUUCCUUCACAGAGGAGUGGUGAACUGCAGUACAUCAGAACAGUUGUGAAUCCUUCUGGCAAAGUGGCCUGUCUGUAUGAUCAAGAGGAAGGCAGGUUUCUUGAUGGUACCAGAGAUGACUUCUGCUCCCCAAAAAGGAUCCCAAGGCUCACAGCAUUGGGAAUGCUAAGUGAUCAUCUGCCCUUAGAGGACAUAACUGAGAGAGCAGGCACUAUAUCAAAGAUUUGGGAAACAGACAAAAUGAAAGCAACAAAGCGUCUUGAAUGCUUGUUUGAAUUCAUGCAGGAGCCGUCAGUUGACAAAAAAUCUCAUCACUGGCGCUCACUUCAAAACACACCACUCAUCCCUGCCUGUUCCCCAGUGAACACACUACCAGACAAUCAAGUGAUUCCUACAUUGAAAAAGCCCUAUGAGGUUUACAACUUCAGUUGCCGCUAUUUGGUUAACAUGACAGAAUUCACAGUAGACUAUAGAACCCUUAAGAUACACGCUGAUAACUCAGUUCUUGAGAAACUGGGUGUGCGUCAAACACCACCACUUAUGACAGUGCUAAGACAAUUGGAGGAGGCAUCCACAUUUGAUGUGGGUGAUCAGUCUCUAUUAGCCAGAAUAGUAAAUGAGAGCUAUGAAUACUUGAAUAAGUGGCUCAGUGGUCAAGAAAACCCAACUCUCAUUGCUCACAUUGCUGAAUUUGUGAAGUCAUUUCCCUUUGUCUUGGUAGAAGACAAAUUUGUACAUGUGAAAUCAGUGGCAAAAUGUCAAGAGUUUGAAGUCAAACCAUAUCUCUAUGUGCUUCCAAGUGUCCUCUCCAAGUUCAGCACACUUUGGGAAUGUGUUGGCAUACAAAAUCAAUUUACACCUCAGCAGUUUGCUGCUGUCCUGCAUGCGAUGGAAAGAAAGUAUGGAUCCAAUCCUCUUUCCGACACUGAUCUUAAUAUCUGUCUGGACAUACUUACAAAAGGACUUCUUAAGACUAAAGGGGCAAUUUCACAGAACUACCUUGUUCCUGAUGAAAACUCUAUGUUGAGACCCAGCUCUGAUCUUCAUUACAACGACAGCCCAUGGAUGCCAGCGUCAGCUGAUGUCACUUUGUGUCACCAAACUAUAGCAAGGGGAACUGCACGCCAUUUUGGUGUUAGAACAACAAGACACCACACACUACAAAACCAUGUUGUUGAUGGCUUUUCACCUUAUGCACAAGAAUUUGGACAACAUGAGAAGCUAACAGUCCGAAUCAAAAACAUCAUAGAAGCAUAUCCUUCCAAGAAGGACAUCAUUAAGGAGCUCAUUCAGAAUGCAGAUGAUGCAGAAGCAACUGAAAUACACUUCAUUUGGGAUAAAAGGAAACAUGGCACUGAAAAAACAUUUGGGAAGAACUGGAAUUCACUUCAAGGUCCAGCUCUAUGUGUGUACAACAACAAGGUGUUUACUGAUGCAGAUUUGCAAGGCAUUCAAAAGCUGGGGGAAGGUGGAAAACGAGGACAGUGUGGAAAGACAGGAAAAUAUGGUCUUGGAUUCAAUUCUGUUUAUCAUCUCACAGAUUGCCCUGCCAUUUUAACAGGAGACGAGUGGCUUUGCAUAUCUGACCCACAUGUGAAAUAUUCAGAGAUGACGACAACACAGUUACCAGGAUGCAAGUACUCAUUGGGAGAUCAAUUUAAGGAUUCAUUCAUGGAUGUCUAUCAGACCUUUCUGCCAUCAGAUUUCAGCCUCAAGUCUGGAACUAUGUUUAGGCUUCCCCUCAGAACAGAGAACAUGGCAACUGAAUCUGAGAUUUGCAAAGCAGAUGUCAGAGACCAUCAUAUGAAGGAACUUUUGCAAGUGCUUGCUGAAGACCCAGAUGGCUUGAUCCUCUUCCUGAAACAUAUCAAGAAAAUACAGUUCCAUACAAUCAGCCCUGACUCAGACAAACUGCAUACUGUGCAUUUGAUUGAAAAAGAACUAUCUGAGAAAAGCAACAUUAAGAGAGCACACUUUCAAAAUCAAGUUCAAGUUUCUCAGAUUCCAUGCCAGGUCAUCUAUGAUAUGUAUGUCUCUUCAUCAGAUUCAAAACACAAAAGGCGAAGUCAAUGGGUUGUUGCAGAACAGUUUGGCUCUCUUGCACCAACUCCUGACAGAGGGAAUUGGCAGUCAGAUGUUCCACGAACCCCACAGGCCGCUGUGGCAGCAUGUAUGGGAGUAAAGCCAUAUGAGCCUGACUUCAUUGGAAGGUUGUUCUGCUCCCUUCCUUUGCUUGGGGUAACUGGACUGCCAGUUCACGUCAAUGGAAAUUUUGAGGUUGACUCCUCUAGAAGAGACCUAUGGAAAGAGGACGGAAAAAGUCUUAAGAUUAUGUGGAAUGAGUCACUCAAACUGGAUGUUAUUUCACCCCUGUAUGCUGAUCUCUUAAAGCACAUACAAACGACCAUUCGAACAGGAAACCACCUUGGUGUAUCCACCUUAGGAUCAGAGUUAGAUUCCUCAUUUCUGAAAUUGUUCCCUUCUGUCUCAAAAUUUGUUAAGCAAGAAUGGCACACAAUGAUCAAUCAUGUGUACAAAUCAAUCAGUGAAAGAGACCUCUCUGUAAUACCUGUUUUACAACGGAAGCUGGAAGACGAAGAAUAUGCAACAACAAAAUACACAAUCAGCUGGUCAAAUGUUUGCAAACACAAUCCAAUAGAUUCUCCUCAUUUUAGUAAAGAGCUAACAGAGAGCUUUUUUGCUAUUUUAGAAGACAUUGGAAUGAGUGUGGUUCCUUGGUCUUGCCAGAUGGAUAAGAUAUCUACAGGUUUUAAGACUGCAGGUGUGGAAGUGAUGAGGCUAUGUCCCGAAACAGUAAGGGAGUAUCUGAAGGAAAAACCUCUGAAUGAUCCUAUGAAAACUUCAGCAGCCUUGCCCUUACCAGUGGAUCACACCCUAAUUAAAGACAAAAAGCGAUGUUCCUCACUACUGAACAUCUGUAUGUGGGAUGUUGAUGAGAACAAUGUUAACUGUGUCAAUGGGCUUCCUCUUCUACUAACUCAAGAUCAGAUGCUAAGGGUUUUUGACUGGGAUUCUCCAAGGCUGUAUUCCAGAUUUUGGGAUAUAUUUCAGGGAAAGAAAGCAGUCUUUGCAGAUUAUCACAUGAACUUCAAUGACCGUGAAAUACUUGAAAAACGUGGUUAUCUUCAGAAAUUGACAAUUCCUGUUGCAUCAAAAUACUUGGUACCCGUACUGAAAGACCUUGUUCAAAAUGAAGAAAACCCACCUGUGUGGUGGCUGAAGCAAGUUUGGGAAUUCUUUGACGAACAAAUCCAACGAGAGGUCAUAAAAGAUGGACAAACAAAAACUACUUUCAAUGAAAUCAAGAAAGCAUUCUUCGACUGUCCUAUUUUGCCCGUCAUCAGCCCGAGCCAAAAUAACAAACAAUAUCUGAAAACAAUGAGAGAUCUUUCCAGUGUUGUUUGGAAACCAACUGAGAACAUUUCAUCCAUCUUAGUCCAAUUGGGAUUCAUGACGUUAAACACAAAAUUUUUUGUUAAUUUACCAGAAGUGCUUUUUAAUCAUUUGAUGCCUGAGCUCCUCAGGACCAAUAACAGCAAUGCUGUUUUGGACCAUGUUUCCCAGAUUCCCCUUUCUAAAUUCAAGCUCCUGUCCAAUGAUGACUUGGAUAAGCUUCAGGAGUUUCUACAAAGUGGAAUUAGCACUGCCCGAAACCCCCAGCAAUAUCAGAGAAAGCUCAAGUCCUUACCUCUCUUUCAAACAGUGCAGGGUGAGCGACAGCGCAUCGAAGGACACAACAGUGUGUUCAUCCUGAAGACAGAGUACUCUGGAAAAUUCCCAGAUUUGUUUGGCAUUACUGCAGAUGGGCAUCUUUUCCUUAAGUACAACCUGGUCAAUACAAACCUGUCAAAGAACAUGGACAUAAGCAUUUUGACUGAUCUGGACUUCUAUGUGAAGUUCCUGUUGCCCUCAUUGCACACACUCACAGAAGCACAAGUUUUUGACUCUAUUCGGCUGCUGUUGGUCUUACAGCGACACCAAACAUACGGAAAAUACCAUGAUCAGAUUGUAGCUAAACUAAGAACUGUUAGGUUCAUUAGGGACAUCCAUGGUACUCCUCAGUUGACCUCCUCCUUUUUUGAUGAGGAAAACCCUCUUUACAAGAUCAUGCUUCCUCAAGAGAAAUUUGUACCACCAAAGUUUUGGAAACUAUUUGGAGAUGAAAUGUCACUGAGACGCCUACUGAUGGACCUUGGAAUGAAACACACUGUGUCGGAUGUAGAGAUUAUUGAGUUUGCACAUACAAUUGAGUUAGAAGCACGAGGCAAGACCUCAGUUUCGGAGCUCAGGAAGAAGUCUUCAGCAUUAUUCAAGAAGGCUUUGAAAUACAAUGCCACGAAAAAGGAAUCCAACUUGUUGAACAGGAUUGCAACCAUCAAGUUUGUUUUUCCAGUGCAAAUUCAGAAAGAUUUGUGUGAUUACCACCAACCCCUUGCUGGAGAACGAGAUCUGGUUGGAAUCAAAGGGUCUUUGAUCGAAGAAAACUCUGAUCAUCAAUAUCUUAUUUGGUCUUCCAUGCCAAUACUGCCCACAGACAGACUUCCUCAAUCGUAUCUCGAACAUUUGAAUAAAGCAGGAGCCUUUCAUCAGCCACCCUGUGAUUUAGUGGCCCAGAAUCUGAAAAACAUCUGUCAGUCAGAAUGCCCAAUCAAGUCUUUGAUAGACAUUAGGAAAAAAGCAUUUUGCAAAUCGUAUGCAUACUUACAAUCACAGGAUCACAGUGCCACUCUGCUUCAAGACCUGCCAGUGGUUCUUGUCGAAAAUGAUGCUGUUCUUGUGCAAGCCAGUCAAGCAGUGCUUAUCCUUGAUGAUUACAAUGAGUUUAGGCCCUAUCUGUAUAGAAUCAAUCCACAGCAUGCCCUAUAUGCUGAGUUCUUCAAAAGGAUAGGUGUGGAGGAGAGACCCACAAUAAGGCAGUACAGCGUAGUCCUCAAGGAUAUUUUCAUGGACUCCAAAGGAAAAGAAACUCUGAAUGCAAAUCAGCAGUCAACUAUGAAACGCACUGUACAGCACCUGUUCCAGCUGAUGAAAGACCAACCAGAACAGAUACAAUUUCAGGAGACCUUGUAUUUACCAUCAGCAGAUGGCAAACUGUACAAGUCAAAUGACCUCUACUUCAAUGACACUGGCUUCCAGAAAGAAAGACUGGAAGGCUCUCUGAAAGACAAAGUCAGUCUCCUUGUGAACCUGGUUCAUUGUCAUCUGGGGACGGACAUGUAUAAACAUCAGGUGAUGCUAAAAUUAUUGCCUGAACAUAUUCGUCCUACAAUGUUGUCCCAUGUGACCUCUGAACGUCUUGCUGGUUCUCGUAUGAAACCAUGUGAAUAUGGAGAAAGCUGUGAGUUCAGUGGCUCUUUCAAGAAACAUUUGUCCUCUCGUCCAUUUUUGCAUGGUCUUACAUGUUUGAUCAGACAACAAAGUGAAGGCAGUAUAUCUCUAGCUCAUGCUGUCGAAUUAUGCCAAAACACCUUUGGAAGACUCAAGAUCACUUGCUGUAAAAGCCUUGAGACAGAGCUCUUCUUUGGUGAUGAGCCACUGGCCAACACCGCUUCUGAAACACAAGUGUACUCGACAAAAGAGACACAGGGCUGCACUUUCUACCUGAAACACAGUGAUGAUAUGGCCUCAUGGGUAAUGUAUGAAGUGACCACAUUAUUAAGCAAAGAAAUGAAUAUCCUGCUGGGUAAUAUUCUCUGCCCAGAUUAUGUUUGCACUUUGGGCCAGCUUCUGUUGUGUGAUACAGUGGAAGAAGUUGAGAAGACAUUGGAAAAAUAUUCAAUCCGUAACAGUGCUUACAAAGAGGAAGGGCAUCAUCAUCCAGAUCCAGGCAGCCCCAUACCUGAGGAAUGGCAUGAUGCCCUUGACAUGAGCUUCAUGAACAAUUAUGAAAGAGGCGAAUAUGUUGGCUUUAAAAAGUCAUCAGAGGAUGAACUUUAUUACUAUGCAGUGAUUGAUGAACGUUUAGAUGUAUCAAGUGAAGGCCUGUAUUGUUGUAAAUACAAAAUUCAGAUCGGCACGAAUGAGUUUGUUGAGGUCAGCUCCCUUGAUCUUUACCAGUUUAAACGUGAAAAAACAUCUGCUUCAAAGCAAAAUCAUUGUAGAGAGAUCCAGCUGGUGGAUGGACCUGUGCCACCACCUAAGAAAGACUUCCCCAAGACUUUUAAAGAAAUCAAAAGGGAAAUUGAUGAUUGCCUGAAAGAGAUCUGCACCCUGUCCAAAGAUGAACAGAAAAAAGCCCUCCGGCGCCUGUAUCUCAGGUGGCACCCAGACAAAAACCCAGACCAAGAGGAUCUGGCUAAUGAGGCCUGCAAGUACUUAAAAAACAAAUAUGAAGAAUUUAAACAAAAUGGAGGAGGACAUGGUCAAUCAUCAUCUUCAAAGAACUACAGGGGGCAGAAUAAGAGUGGACAGUCCAAUUGGUCAUGGGAUUUUAAAGACUUCUAUGAUGAGUGGGACUCUGAGGCGACACGUCACCGCCAAGGACGAGAAAGGUUCUACAGUCACAACAGCAGACCCCACUAUAAUUUUUCGUCAUUUCACCAGGAAAUGCCAAGACCAGACAAAGCGGAAGCUAAGCGCUGGUAUUUACAAGCCCAGUGUGACCUUGAUGCUGCUCACAAUGACACAGGAGGAGAGAGCCCUGAGUGGUGUUUGUUCAAGGUUCAUCAAGCUGUGGAGAAGGCUCUGAUGGCAGCGGAGUACAGAAGGUGUGGAAAAAGCUCUCCCAACUGCUCCAUCUCUAGUCUUGCUCAGAAAGUGUCAGGCUACUGCCCAGAGCUGAGUGCUUUGCCAGGCCUUGUGAGUCGACUGAAACAUUUGGGUGUGAACGCCAAAAGUACUCAGUACCCCAGUUACCAUACUCCCCCUAAAAUUCCUAACAAUACAUUCCAACCUGAAAACGAAAAAGAAGUUCUAGAUAUUGCAUCGGAACUUCUGCAGAAAGUGGACACAUUUAUAACAAACUGAUUAAAAAGUAGCGUUCUAUUUGUAGCUCUUGUAUGUUUGCAUUAUUCAUUGUUAAUGAUUUUUCUUCAUCUCUGAAAUACCUUAAUGGUGAUAUUAUUCUGAUGUUCAUUAAUUUCUUACGACUCUCUGUAUCAUUUAUUAUGGACAUGAUUUAUUUGUGUACGUGUGCAUUUUUUCCUGAAAAUAUGGUUGCUCAGGAGGUCUGAGUGAGUAAAUAGUUGAUCUCAAAGAUAGGGGAAUGGUGAUAUGAU